AAUUGCACUCAGUACAGUAUUAUUACGUCAUUGUGGUGGUUCAGUUUUGCUGUAAUACAGCCGUUCAGUAAAUCAGUUUGCACUCCAUGGAUUAUUAGGUGUGUGUCGAGAAAUGGCAACCGUUAAUAAGGAUGACAGAUUAACAAGUUCUCAAAGUUUUCUAUGCGUCGGGUUUGCAGGAAUUUUUAGCAAAACCGUUACAUCGCCUCUUGAGGUCGUGAAAAUCUUGAGCCAAGUUGGGACUUUUCACUGCAAAUGUGGCUUCAAGCGCAGUUUUCUGUUUAUUUAUCAGCGUGAAGGUCUGCGCGCGUUUUGGAAAGGAAAUUUAGUUUCUUGUCUGCGGUUAUUCCCAUACAGUGCCAUACAUCUGGGAACCUACAAAACGAUCAUCCACAUGUAUAUGGAUGAACUUGGUCGCAUUUCCCAGUUUAAGGCCAUAGUGACUGGUGGUCUUGCAGGUAUAUCUGCUGCCCUGCUUACCUAUCCCUUAGAGGUGGUUGAAACAAGACUGAUAGUACAAAACUGCAGAGAAUCCACAUAUCGGGGUGUGCUGCACACUCUUUCCAGUAUAAAGCGACAUGAGGGGUUCCUAGCUCUUUACCGUGGCUUUUCUCUCACUGUAUUAGGUGCAGUUCCCUUCUCGAUUGGCUGCUAUGUUGUAUUUAAUAACUUGGAUAAGCUUUGGCAGGAGCACCACUUCCGUUUCACCUCUUUGCAGAACUUCAUCAAUGGCUGUCUUGCUGCAGGAGUGGCUCAAACUCUCUCUUUCCCCUUUGAGACAAUUAAAAGGAAGAUGCAGGCUCAGAAUCCUCUUCUGCCACACUGUGGAGGAGUCGAUGUCCAUUUUACUGGGAUUAUAGAUUGCUUCAGACAGGUCAUGAAAACCAAAGGUGUCUUGUCCCUGUGGAGUGGCAUUACAGCCAACAUGCUCAAGAUCAUCCCUUAUUAUGGCCUGCUCUUCAGCUGCUUUGAGAUGUGUAAGCAAUUCUGUCUUUACCAAAAUGGCUACACCGUGUCUCCAUUGAGCAACAAGCUCAAACCAGGAGUAGACCAAAGCCUGGGCCCACAUGAACUACAGGAGUUUAAGCGUUACUUGAAAAACAGGCAAACGCAGGCCCAAAGUUCAUCAAUGGAAACCCGGUGGCAAACCUAACCAUAUUAUAACAAAUACCAAAUUCCUAAAGAGGAAAAAAGUAAGGACUAAGUAGGAGUUUGCUGAAGCACUUUCUUGGGUGUUGUUCUGCUAAAAAAAAAAACAAAACAUUCAACCACACUAAGUAGACUUAAAUAAUUUAGACUUGAGUUUACUUGAGAAUUUCUGUUCAAUACAUACAAGCAUGGACAUUUUGGUUCUAAAGGGCAAGUUUCAACACUUUCACUGUUUAGUAUGACACUGCACAAUUUGCACACAAUGGUAUGCACCAAGUGUUCAGUAUUGUUGAUGCUGGGUAAAUAUUGCAGGUAUUUAGUAAACACUAUGGUCAUACUAGUGUGAGAAUUGAUCUUUUGCAACCUAAAGUUAGACGACCUUGUGCGUCUGCUGUAACAUUAUUCACUGCUGAAUGUAUGUAUUAAUAAAUGUAUCAUCAAAUGAAUUAUUACACUCAAACCCACAACCCUUGUUUCUACAAUACCUAACAAAAACUUCGAAAGUGGUGCAUAACACACUGUGACAUCUUUGAAAUGGUGUUAAUAUUGUAUCAAUAUUACAGGUGCUGACUUUUUAGACAUGUCACUGAAGUAUAUUGCAUGUCAUUUAAAGGUCUCUCAGGAUGGACUUUUUCAGUGCCUUCAAACAAUUCAUCAAUAUUAUGGCUUUGUAUGCUGUUUUAAAUGUAUUCAUUACUUAUGUGCUAUGAGAGGUUUUUUUUUUUUUUUUUUUUUUUAACAUAUGAGUGCAUGUAUAAAGUCACAUUUUGUAUCUAUUCAUGAAUGAAGUGGUAGCAACCCAGAAUUUGACUGUUUAGAUAUUAAACCCAUAUUUGUCUUUG